GCCAUCUCUCAGGCGUUCCAGAAACUUGGAUGGAUACUAAAUAUAAAGAAGGGAGAGGUUGGGUCAGUCAAGUAGCGCGUGAUAACUAUGAAAAGUUGCUGGAGGUACGUCAAACUCAGCAGACACAAUCUUCUACGACCACCUCCAGUGUGAGUACUGCCACAACUGAGGUGGACGACAUUGUCCUUGUUGAGACAGUCUUUGGACGCCGUCGGGGCCAUCAGACAGGACUUGGUCGUAGGAUUCGCUCGAGCACGGAACGUGAAGUGACUGACACACUUCAACCACCGUCACCGCCCCCUACUGCACAAGAGAUGCGGGAUGUGGUCCAACGUCUCCGAAUCGUUGAGGAGUACAUGGCUAGACUUGGUGGAGCCUCAGGUUCUGGAUCUUCUCAGCCAGGUGAUGGUCAGGAUCCGACACCUCCUACUCAAUAGGAUGCUGGAGAACAUUAUUUAUGACUUUAUACUUUAUGUAAUUUGACUUUAGGAAAAUAUUAUAUAUCACAUUCUACUUUAUUUAGACUUACUUUGUUUUAUUGGAACAUUAUAUUUAUAAAAUUUUAUGAUUAUUAAAUUUCA